UCGCGUGAUACCUGGCGCUUCGCGAUUGCGGGCCGAGCGCUUCAGGAAGAUUUCCCGGGUAGAAAUCGUCGACGACGCCGACGCGUCGUCUUCAAGGUGGAUCACUUCCUCCGCGGGUGACGAUUUUCGCGCCAGGAAAUCUAUUCUUCUCUCUCUCUCUCUGUCUUCUUUUCUCGUUCGCGGAAAGUGCGGCCCGGCCGGAGAUCGGCGCUGGAGGAGGACGACGACCGGAAUGGAGAGGAGGCAGCAGCGUCGUCGUCGUGACUCGACCAGCUUCCAAGGUUGAAGGCCCAGCACGAAUAUACAGCCGCCACCGGAAAAUAUGGGCUCGGAAGCUUGGGAGCUGGAGAGGAGGUACUCAGUGCCAGGAGCUCUGGACACCAGGGGGCUGGAGCCUCCGGCCAGCGAAGAUUUACACGCAUGGUCGAUCUACAGGCAAAACCUGAACUCCGACUUCACGGACUCCGCACUCGGCUCCGCCGAGAAAUCGCCGCUGCCCUAUGGAAACUUCCAGUUGCGCGACUCCACGGUGCAGAGCAUACUGCGGCACCCGCGGUACGGACCCAAGAGCCCGCUAGCCAACAAUUCCUACACGUACUUGAAAUUCGGCCUGCCGCGCGUCCUGCCGCCCAGCUCGCGGAAUCGCGACGGUUCCAGCGGCUACGACUCCAGCGAGGAAGGACGACGUGUCUCGCACGCAGGUGCUCCAUUGCAUGUGACCUCAAUUAUGCGCUCAGCCAGGAGCGACCCGGAUUUCAGGCAUGUCCACGCCAUGCCGAGGGAGCCAGCUCACUCUCAGUUGACUGUCGCAAGGGAGCAUCCUAGACUGAGGAGCGCCAGCGAGGCUAAUCUUCUUCAGAGCGCAGUUAGGACGAACCGUCGGCACAGCAUUGCACCGAUCGAUCCUGGAUACAUAGCGCAUGGGCACGGUGUCCUGGGACCGGAAGGUUACGCGCUGCCAUUGAGACCUAUGCCAUGUCUGCAACAUCCUCAUUUGCAAUUGCGGGGCGUGGAGGCCUCGGGCUCAGACGGGCUGCCUCUUCUUCGUGGUAUCACCCUCGAGGCCGGCGCCGCCGAGGUAUUGGCCGUGAUGGCGACAACCGAGAAGGAGGGCACGCAGAUCAUUGAGACGAUCGCAGGCAGAAGGCGCAUAAAGAGGGGCGAUAUUUUGCUCAAUGGAAGAUCCGUAUCGGCACGUACUCUGAGAUCUCGUGUCGCCUACCUGCCAACGGAGAACGGCUUGAGUCCCGGGUUGACGACCCAGCAGACCCUCAGGUUUUACAUGUUGUUGAGAGGCGGCAGCAACACCACAACGCUCGAAGCCGAGGCAAUCCUGCAGGAACUCGGUCUGGAGGCGACCAAGCACUGCCUGGUGAACACCUUGACGACCUCCGAGGCCCGAAGACUGGCUCUUGCCUGCCGAUUGCUUCAGGAUUCGCAUAUCCUCGCCCUCGAUAGACCUACGCACGGUUUAGAUAUCUUCGACGCUUUCUUCCUGGUCGAGUACCUGAGGCAAUGGGCUAGCCGUGGUCAACGGCUCGUCGUCCUGACCCUGCAUCCGCCCACUUAUGAGAUCCUGACGAUGGUGUCUAGGGUCGCGCUCACUUCCGGCGGUCGGAUCAUGUAUUCCGGACCCAGGAGAGAUAUGCUGCCAUAUUUCGCGCUCGCCGAGUUCCCCUGCCCGCCAUUCAAGAAUCCGUCUGAUUAUUAUCUCGACUUAGUAACGUUGGAUGAUCUAUCGGCGGAAGCGAUGCUAGAAUCCUCGCAGAGGAUAGAUCACCUAGCGGAGAUGGCCAGGACGCGACUGCCGCCGCUCAGUGAUCCUGGACCACCCGGCGCUCUUCCACCCUCGAUGUCUGGUCCUAACAUAUUCACGCAGAUCUACGCACUGUUGCUGCGGACGCUCAUAUACAGUCAGCCGUGGACAUUGACACGAUUGUUGCGUAAAAUUGUGAUCUCGGCGUCACUUAGCAUUCUACUCGGCGCGAUAUUCUGGGACGUCGCCGGAGAGUCGAAUCUGUACUUGAGGGACAGGAUAGGAUAUCACUACGCGAGUUUGGGCAUCUUCUUCUGGCCGCUGAGCUUGCUGGCGAUGUGCGACGUGGCCAACAGCAGGCCAAAUGUGGAGAGGGACAUCAGGGAUGGUCUCUAUGGCAGAUUUACCUACAUCCUUAUAGAGCUCAUUUGCAGCGUGCCAUCCUGGUGUGUGACCUAUCUGAUCUAUCUGGCGCCGGCGUUCGCGAUGUCUGGGCUGCACCUCGUACCAGAUGAGAACCUCACGUCGCUUUGGAACUACCUCGCGGUCGGGCUAUUAUAUUUGAUGCUGCAACACCUGAUCUGCACGUUCUUCGCGCACGUGUGCAAGUGGACGUAUCUGGCAGCGCUGUUCGCCGGCGUGGUGGUGGGCGAGAUGACCCUCGCCGGCGGGGUGGCCCUGCACCUGGACAAUCUGCCUAUGUGGUACCAGCAGAUCAACCCGAUGCGCUGGUCGAUGUCUUUGUUAUUACCACGACUCCACCGGACCGAAAGUAUGAGCAAGUUGGCCAAUUGCAAGCCUAAGCAAAUCCAACGGCAGGACAUUAUCAUUCAAGCGGCGUGCGAACCGCCCGAUGGCGCGUUAGCCCUUCGCGAGAUUAGCCUCGAGAAGCUCAAUAUACGGGGCGAACUAUGGCUGGGCAUAGGCGUGGCGGUUAUGGCCGCUUUGAUCUUCCUGGGUUUCCUAUGCGUCAAGUACGCCACCCCGAAGAGGCCUAGGAGCGCCCCGAACAAACCCUGAUGUCCUUUCCUAUAGUGGAUAAGUUGAGAAAUUGUCAUAAAGUGGAGCCGAGAACUCGCGUGCACGCAAUCGAAUAGCGAGAUUUGGUCUUCGUGAAGCUUCUACUUCUACACGAAACGAGCCUCGACGAUAAGUCUCCUCGUCGAGGUUGGUUUCCGUCGAUCGAAAAUCAACUGUUUUGCGCAAAAACGGGUUUUCGUGCUCGUGGAAUCUUGUCGACGUUUACUUCAUUGCGAUUCUUUAAAGGGGCUGAAACUUUAGGGACUUGCAGGGUAGACGGGCGGAGUACAAAAUGUAGUACGAAGCUUAACGAGACAUUCACUUUUCAUCCUGUAAUAGGAGCGCAUCGUUGUGUAGUUGACGAAUAAACACGCUUAAUAAUUCGCAUAUUGUUCUAACCGAUGCGUAUUGUUGUAAUCAUAUGAAAUAAAUAUUCUCACGAAACAAGAAGCGAUUUCACCUAGAUUUUCCUGAGAAUAUCCUGAAACUUAAUUACAUGUCAUUGUUCCAUAGAUCUUAAAUCAGUGAAAUUUUACGAUUGUGCGCUCUCUGCUUCUAUUGUUGUCUGUUCCAAAUUGACGAUUUUCAGUUUUAAAUCUUAAACCUAAUAUUUUUAAAAGUAAUAAUUUCUAUAAAAUUCGAUAUUCUAAAAUCUGCAUAAAGAAUUGUAAUCAUGCUUUAUUGAAAGGAAAUUAUUUAAUAAGAAAUUCUUAGUAUUAUUUCUUACCGUUAUCUGUAAUUAAUAAAAUUUUUCAUU